CAUCAUUUCUUCCAUGACUGGAACUUGAGAAAUUUCGUUCAUCUUUAUUAUUUAAUUAGGAGGAAGGAGUCCAAGUAUCUGCCAAUUAAUUUCAUCCCGGAGCUAUACCUCUAACCAAAUUUUUCGCGUUAUCAAGUUCUUUUAAAUGGUUACUCCUACUCGAAGCACGACAUAGUUGGAUAUGUAAUUUUGUUUCAUGUACUGUCUUUUGCAAUACCUGAAAAAGGGAGUCGAAGAUGUGGAUAUUCAAAUGGAAGAGCCCGUCCGGGUUCUCUGCUCGCUCAACCGCCGAGGAAGUCACCCAUGGAAUCGAUGCCUCUGGUCUCACCGCCAUCGUCACAGGUGCAUCGAGUGGUAUUGGGGUUGAGACGGCACGGGUUCUCGCGCUGCGUGGGGCCCACGUCAUUAUGGCCGUGAGGAAUAUGGAAGCUGGUCGGCAAGUCAAGGAGGCUAUACUGAAGGAACUUCCAUCUGCUAAAAUCGAUACUAUGGAGCUGGAUCUCAGCUCGAUGGCAUCGGUGAGGAAGUUUUCGUCACAUUAUGUUUCCUCUGGUCUUCCCCUGAAUGUCCUCAUAAAUAAUGCAGGGAUAGCAGGAACUCCUUUCACGCUUUCUGGAGACGGCAUCGAGCUACAGUUUGCAACCAACCAUUUGGGUCAUUUUCUUCUAACAAAUCUUCUGCUGGAGACAAUGAAGACGACAUCAAGGCAAAGCAAUAGAGAAGGGAGGAUUAUUAAUGUGUCAUCUUUGGGUCACCGUUUUGCUUACAGUGAACUCACCCGUUUUGACAGGAUCAACGAUAAAUCCAAAUACAACGCCGGACUAGCCUAUGUGCGAUCAAAGCUUGCAAACACACUUCAUGCUAAUGAGCUAGCAAGGCGCCUGAAGGAGGAAGGAGUCCAAAUAACUGCCAAUUCAGUUCAUCCCGGAGUUAUAGCAACCAAUAUUGCGCGUCACAGCAAAAUUUUCAAUGCCAUUCUUCACUGGAUCCUUAAGUAUGUGUUCAAAAGCGUCCCACAGGGAGCAGCAACUACGUGCUACGUGGCUUUACAUCCACAGGUGACGGGGGUCAGCGGCGAGUAUUUCGCAGAUAGUAAUACAGCGAAGAUGGGUAAUCUUGCCCGGGAUGCUGAUUUGGCAAAGAAGUUGUGGGAUUUCAGCAUAAACUUGACGACCGAACUCAAGUAGAUCAGACUUCAGAGUUGGGAUCUCUGGUCUUGCCUUAAUUAGCGUUUGUGAUAUGAUAAUGCCAUAAAUAGCAAGAAAUCAGGAAGUCAGCAACGUGCGUGAAGCUUUUACUGAUUGUGGCUUUGCAAAAUGUAAUCGUUUUCGAUGCGGGAAAUCUUUAUCUUAAGAUGUUCAUCCCGCCCUGAAGGAGUUGUUUCUUUAUCUGUUACGACCAAUCCAGUCAUGUUUUGUAUUGUGUGAAAUAAAGUGAAAAGAAAUAUUAUAACCGAAAGAAAAAAUGAAAAUUUAUUGAGAUGCUCUAA